UUAUCCAAUAUGGCGGCGCGCUUGACACACUGAACCCGUGUUGUCAAACAAGAGAAAAUUGAUUAUAUACCAAUGAUUCAAUAGCUUCUUUGUAUCCUGAUCUUAAUUUUAACCAUGCUCUCGACUGUAGCAACUUUGUGCUACCGAAACGGGGCAACAAAGUCAGUGGUGAUGGUCGCAAAGUUGUCCCGUCUAGCAGGGGUCACUAACCGAACUGUCAGCCCCGAUGGAGCUCCACCAUCACCCUUGGUGAGGCUCUUCCUCUCACGUCAGAGCAUCAGACAGCUCUCCCUGUCCGUCUCCGCAUGGCAGCAGGACGCCGAGGAGAACUUCGGCGAUCUCUCCGCCGACAUUUCUUCCCGGAGGUCGUUCAAGAAAGUUAGCCCGGAGAUGUUGGACCUGAGCUACCGAGAAGAUGAAGACGACAAGAAGCCGGAGGAACCUUCACGCAGGCCCGGCAGGAGAAAUACUACCUACUGGUACUUCUUACAGUGCAAGAAGCUCAUUAAAGAUGGGAAGCUUGAGGAGGCGUUGGAGCUGUUUGAACACAACAUGCUGCGUGGAGAGCGGCUGCAGCCGGAGGAGUACAACUUCAGCGUGCUCAUCGGAGGCUGCGGGCGGGCCGGCAACCUCAAGAAGGCCUUCAAGCUCUACAACGACCUGAAGAAGCGAGGUCUGGAGGCGUCGGACGCCACCUACACGGCUCUGUUCAACGCCUGUGCCGAGUCGCCGCACAGACACGUGGCGACGGAGCAGGCGCUCAAGUUGGAACAGGAGGUGAGACGCAAGAACCUUACCCUCAGCGCGGCCACCUACCACGCCGUCCUCAAGAUGCACGCGCUCAGCCACAACCUGCACGCCUGCAUCCACACGCUCAAGGAGAUGUUGGAUGUUGGUCAUGCUGUCACCCAGGAGACAUUUCACUACUUGCUGAUGGGAUGCCUGAAGGACAAAGAGCAGGGAUUCAGGCUAGCUUUGCAGGUGUGGCGGCAGAUGCUCAAGUCCGGCCUGGUCCCGGACGCCAAGAACUACAACCUGCUCUUGCGGACCGCAAGGGAUUGCGGCAUUGGUGACCCGGCGCUGGCCUCCAGCAUCCUGCUCCAGUCCCACCCCGAGUCACGCAAAGGAGUCGACGUCGACCUUCUGGAGCGUCAGCUGCUCGGCCAACCUGAUGCCGACCGGACGCAAAACAACGUGGUGCCGCACGAACUGGCGCAAACUGCACUGGUGCCUGUUGACUUCACUCCAAACUUGCUGGACCUCCUGGAGGGAGAGGCCGGCGGCGGCGGCGUGGUUUCCUUCGGGGUCGUGGAAGGAGCGUCCGACAGACUGGCCCUGCUGGGCGGAGGCCGAGGUUUCCUGGACAAGAUGGCGGCGGGCGGGCUGAAGCCAGACUUGCGGACUCUGACGCUGCUGGCGGACACCAUGUCGCCUGGACUUGAGUCUUUAGAGAUGCUCCUGAAGGUGGCCAAAGAGCACGGCAUCAAGCCGGACGCUGCCUUUUUCAAUUCGGUCAUUCGCAGGGCUGCCAGAAGUGGAGACCUUGACGCAGCCAAGGCCGUGUUGGGUGUCAUGCGACAGCGCAACGUGAGCGUGGACGUGCAGACGUUUGGCAGCCUGGCGCUGGGAUGCCAGAGCCAAAAGGAAGGACUUGAGCUGCUCACACACAUGGAGGAGGCGGGGUUAAAGCCCAACGCGCACGUGUUCUCCGCCCUUAUUGGCCGAGCGGGUCGCCGUCUGGAUUACGCUUACCUGAAAACGCUGCUGAAAAGCAUGCGCCACAAGGGGGUGUGGCCUAACCAGGUCAUCAUUAAACAGCUGGAGUUUGCCGCUCAGUAUCCUCCCAACUACGACCAGUACAAGUCCCGCAACAACUACUUGCUCCAGAUCGACGGCUUCCGCGGUUACUACGAGCAUUGGCUGCGGAGCAUGCCGGCCCAAGGCGAGCAGGACCCGCAGUCGAAGGCGACGAGCCAGGCCUUUGUCAGAAAUCAAGCCCAGAUGAUUGAAGGCCGGAAGAAGCAAAGAGCAGCGGCCAGGAUCAAACUGAGCAGCAGGAAAAAAAACACCGCACCUUAGACAUGGCUUUUGUAUCUUAUUGUGAAGGUUAUUUUCAGAAUAAAAACAUGUUAAAAUUA